GUUUUUGUUUGUUUUUGACAGUGUGUGUGUACUUUGAUCGUCCUCAGUGGUUCGUGUUUAUAGUGAGAUAGAGAGCACACCACAGUUAGCAGUCAGUUUGUCCUCUAAUGUUUGAUAAAGAAGUCCCUCCUCACAGUCUGAUGUUCCAGCCUCAGGGUGAGGGAACAGCUGGUUCAGGUCCCAGCUGUCUCAGAUACAUCCACACACACUGAACGUGUCUAAACACUUUGAACGGUUAAAGAUGACGACCUCUUGGAGUGACCGUCUGCAGAACUAUGCUGACCUUCCCGCUAACCAAUUGGAUGGCGUGGCCAUGAAGAAGUACCGCCGUGAAGCUCACCAUAGAGUGUUUGUGAACAGAAGCUUGGCCAUGGAGAAGAUCAAGUGCUUCGGUUUUGAUAUGGAUUACACUCUGGCAGUGUAUAAAUCUCCUGAGUACGAGUCUCUGGGCUUCGACCUGACGGUGGAGCGUCUGGUGUCCAUUGGAUAUCCUCAAGAGCUGCUCAACUUUGUCUAUGACCCCUCCUUCCCCACCAGAGGUCUGGUGUUUGACACGAUGUAUGGAAACCUGCUCAAGGUGGACGCCUACGGGAACAUCCUGGUGUGUGUGCACGGAUUCAUCUUCUUGAGAGGGCCUGACAUCAGAGAGAUGUACCCUAACAAAUUUAUUCAACGUGGAGACACAGACCGCUUCUACAUUCUCAACACACUCUUCAACCUGCCUGAAACAUACCUCUUUGCUUGCCUGGUCGACUUCUUCAGUAACUGCUCCAGAUACACAAGUUGUGAGAGCGGCUUCAAAGACGGCGAUCUCUUCAUGUCCUAUAAGAGCAUGUUCCAGGACGUCCGAGAUGGCGUGGACUGGGUUCAUUUCAGGGGCUCACUAAAGGAGAAAACAGUGGAAAACCUGGAGAAGUAUGUGGUUAAGGAUCCAAAGCUUCCUCUCCUGCUCAGUCGCAUGAACGAAGUAGCCAAAGUAUUUCUGGCCACCAACAGUGAUUACAAAUACACAGAGAAAAUUAUGACCUACCUGUUCGACUUUUCUCACGGCCCAAAGCCGGGUUCCCCUCAUCGACCAUGGCAGUCCUACUUUGACCUGAUUCUGGUGGAUGCACGCAAGCCCUUGUUCUUCGGAGAGGGAACGGUGCUGCGGCAGGUCGACACUACCACAGGUCGGUUGAAGAUCGGCACGUACACUGGACCUCUCCAGAGGGGUAUCAUCUACUCUGGAGGUUCUUCAGACAUUGUUUGUGACCUGCUGGGCGCUAAAGGAAAAGACAUCGUCUACAUAGGAGACCAUAUUUUUGGGGAUAUUCUCAAAUCCAAGAAGCGUCAGGGCUGGAGGACCUUUCUAGUGAUUCCUGAGCUGGCCCAGGAGCUGCAUGUGUGGACUGACAAGAGCUCCAUAUUUGAGGAGCUUCAGUCUCUGGACUGCUUCCUUGCAGAGCUUUACAAGCAUCUGGACAGCAGCAGCAAUGAGAGGCCGGACAUCAGCUCACUGCAGAGACGGAUUAAGAAAGUGACCCAUGACAUGGACAUGUGCUAUGGCAUGACAGGAAGUCUGUUCCGCAGUGGAUCCCGACAGACGCUGUUUGCCUCUCAGGUGAUGCGUUACGCUGACCUGUACGCCGCCUCCUUCAUCAACCUGCUGUACUACCCGUUCAGCUACCUGUUCAGAGCGGCUCACGUCCUGAUGCCUCAUGAGUCGACGGUGGAGCACACGCACGUCAACAUCAUCGACAACGAGUCGCCGCUGGCCACGCGAAACCGUCACGAUCUCGACCUCAAGGAGAUCGAGUGCAAACGGCACCAGCUCACCCGGUCCAUCAGCGAGAUCCAGCCCCCCCACUUCUUCCCUCAGGCUCCACAGGAGAUCACCCACUGCCAUGAUGAGGAUGACGAUGAGGAGGAGGAAGAAGAGGAGGAGGAGGAGGAGGAGGAAUAGAUGUAAUCACAGGGCUGUAGAAGCUGCUGUUCAGAUCCUCUUGCUGACCUGUUCCUCUGUUUGUCAUCGUUAUGAUCAGGAGAACCGGUACCCUGUGUCUCCUGACCUUUGACCCGGUUUUGAACAAGACUGACUGAAGGUUUGAAGUGGUCUUGUCGCUGAUAACUGUAACCGUCCUCAGAUAAAAGUAAUCUGGAGUAUUUGGGGGUGGUGAAAUGUAAAAAGCUGAUUGAAGAUGCUCUCUCUCUCUCUUUCUCACAUUUAACCCUUUCACUGCCAUGCUGCUUUCAAUAAUGUCACCCAUAGCUCCACCUAGCUUUAAGAAGUGACCCCCUUCACCUGCUGAGCAACAUCUCUCAAAUACUUUGCCUUUUUUGGGACCAUUUUUUGAAGUGUGAUUUAUUUUCCACUACAAAAGAAAAAUGGCCGAAAAAAGAGAGAUGAGAUUUCUUCUUCUCUGAGGUUUUAUGGAAAUAAUUCUGUGAGAACUAAAUAACUAAAGGGAGGGUUGAGUUUUACUUGAAGACAAUAACUUUGGUUUCUGUAUUUAAAGGAGCUGCUGGAACUGGACUCUUGUUAUUUCCACUUCAGCAGAGAGCUAGUAAUUAUCCUGUGCUGAUCUAACGUCAACAGGAAGUCUUUCAUCAAAUAACUUCCUGUCAGCUCUACUAACAUCCCCUCACCGUGAUCUAAAACCGGACCACAUCUCUCAUAAUCCUCAGAAUCAGAUGUAGGAUGUUACCUCCAACAUUGAGAUUGAUAUUAAAGUCACAGCAGGUCUCGAGCUCAGUGAGACAGUUAGUGUUACAGUCUGAGUAUAAACCAUAGACUGUAUAAAUAAUGGACGUAGUAUCCGUGAUGUCACCAAUCGGUUUCUGAAGCGCUGUUCUGAAGCCAUAUUGGAAAUGUUGACCUCAACAUAACUGCUGUCUAGCGAGUGUGAGGUAAAGAGGCAGGCUUUGAGCCUCCUAGCCAACAGCUACAGUGUUCCCGCCUGUCAAUCAAGUCAGCUGUGCCUCUCAUAAUGGAAAACUCAUAAUCUCAAUAUCUUCGAAAUUACCGCGUUAGAAAAAAUUCACCCCCGUACAGUGUGUGCCGAUAGAGAAAUGAGCUAUCCAGACUACACUCUGUUUUUUCGCUGUAAAGAUCAGCUUUUUUUAAUUGGUGUGUAUGUGGUUUCUGGUACUUCCGGAGUCAGCCUCAAGUGGAUCCUUGAUGAACUGCAGUUUUUAGCACUUCGGCAAAACCUGUUUAAUGUGUGUUUGUUACAAGAGGGCUGAACUGUGUUCAUGUGAGGACGAAUGCAUGGAAGCAUCAAGAAACAUUCUAAGUUAGUGAAGAUAUCAGUGACGACACUGCUCGGCUCAAAGUGAGGCCGCCACAAAAACUGCUCCCCCUGGUGGCUGGCUGCAAAAACUCUGUCUCCCCCAUUCAUUUGAAUGAGGCUGCAGUCAAACUCAAAAAAAUAAAUACACGUGGUACGAAUGUUUCUCAUAUCCGUAUGCUGUGGUGAUAUGUAGUUAUUAUUUGACUGUUUUGUGUUCAAGGUCUCUUUUUUCUGAAGUUAUUAAAGGUUAAAAAACAGGGUUUUACAUCCGGCUUACUUUGAUUGACAGCUGCUGUAGAGAGAAACUCCGUAGGACCUCGGGACGGUACGCUGUAGGGCGGACCUUGUUACUGUGGAAACACACAAAUUCCCUACUGCGCAGACUCUGGCUGCAGAAAAUUUACAAGAUGUCAGCGCUCUGGAACGAGAUAUUUUGGCUUCACAACCGUACAAUGGGAAAAAGCAGAGCGACUCUGUCCAUUAUAUAUACAGUCUAUGGUUGAAACGAGGACACGUGAUGCUAACAGAGUCCAAACUUUGUUUUUAGUCAUAUUUUCUUUGUCGACUUGUUUUGUGCUGAGUCGGUUAAGAUCAUGUUAAGUGAAUGUUUGAAUCACUUUCAUAGUUUUUUAAUUUUCAUUAAACAGACUGAAGUCACAUUUAAGUUACAUUUAAUUUAUAGUGAAGCGUCUUCGUUGGGUCAAACUUAAGUCCUAUUUCAAAAGUGAUAAACGGUCAUAACUGGAUGAGUCUUAAUGUUGAGAGAUCUCUCAAUUAAGUUUUGAUAACUUCCUUAAACACUUUACUUUCUUCAAUCAUUUGUACUGUAGUAAUUCUUUAAGCAUGUGUUGUUGUCCUGCUGUCAGAGGUCGUCCACACAGCAGUGACCUGCUACUGAACUCUGCAGUCUGUCUGUCUGCUGUUCACAUGCUGUUACUGCUUCAUCCCAGAGACUGCAGACCUGAUGAUGAUGAGGAGUAUUUAAGAACGGUUCUUUGAUUUUUCUGUAUCGAUGUUACUGCCUUGAUUUUAAAGGACCUGUGAUAAACCAGGAGGACCUGUUUGCUGAGAUCACAGUCCGUCUAAGUGCCAAACAGUAUUGAUGAAGUGGAGCUCUGAUCCACAGCAGGCUGAUGGAGCCUUGUUUCUGACUGAUAAGUUGAGGUGUUAUAUUUGUACACACAAAGAGAUUAAAGCUGCUGAUGCUGCCUCCUCCUGUAGUCGUGUUGGAGCUCCCCUUAUUUUUGUAUUAUGGAGACGUGCUGUUGUUUGACUUGAUGCACCUUCAGACGUUUAUGUCGUUGAGUAUGGGAGCAAUGAGUGUUUCUGUGCUGCUGUUGAAACACAUGUCUCAGAGAGGGCCAUGUUUCUGUGUGGACUCAAAAAGGACUCAGGAUGUACAUUUGUGAUAGUUUCGUAUCCAGAUCUCUUCAGAGAGAUUCAUAGAGCAUGCUGCUUUUAAUGGAAACUUACUUUGAUGUGAUAAUCAAACGUGUUGGAGUGUGAAGUGAACCAAAUGAAUGUUUUAAUUUAACUGGAAUAGAUAAAGUAUGGAAGCCCCGUGUAGACAUGCGUCCACACAUUUUAUUUACAGACGUGUCUCCUGAGAUCUCAACAUCAGAUGAUCAGAAGUCUAAACAAACAUUUAAAUUGUUUUGUUUUCUAGAUCCCCAGAAAAUGAUCCCACUUACAUUUUUAUGGAGAGUUAAGAUGAAUCAAACCACAUAAAUAAAUCAGGAUCUUAAAAAAACUCUGAAUUAACUCUUCAAAGUAAAGCAGAGUAAAAAAGGUCAUGGAUGCAUGUCCACGUUGGGCCUCCGUACCACUGCAUGUGCUUCAGCUGCUUUUUUCAGUAAUAAAUUAAACUGUUGCCUUUAUUUUGAAGUGAUGAAACUGUUUGUAGUUAUUGUUUUAUGUUUGUAAUAAAUCUUCUGAUCCGUUA